GAAGAUGGGUGUAACCAACAUGAGGUGAUUUGAAAAGGCUGACAGGCUCAUUCACUGCAUGUUGUGUAGAUCAGAGCUCAAACUAGUUUAAUCUCUGAGAAAGUGAAACUCAUACAGUCACUGCCACGAGGUGAAAUGGCGCAGAAAGGAGUUCAGCUGGACCGAGAAACCUUCUCUUGUUCGAUCUGUCUGGAUCUACUGAAGGAUCCGGUGACGACUCCCUGUGGACACAGCUACUGCAUGAACUGUAUUAAAGGUUUCUGGGAUGAAGAGGACGAGAAGAGGAUCUACAGCUGCCCUCAGUGUCGGCAGAGCUUCACCCCGAGGCCCGUCCUGCUGAAAAACACCAUGUUAGCAGCUUUGGUGGAGCAGCUGAAGAAGACUGAAGCUGCUCCUGCUGAUCUCUGCUACACUGGAGAUGAAGAUGUGGCCUGUGAUGUCUGCACUGGGAGAAAACUCAAAGCUGACAAGUCCUGUCUGCAGUGUCUGGUCUCCUUUUGUAAGCAGCACCUACAACCUCAUUAUGAUUCACCUGCCUUUAAGAAACACCAGCUGGUGGAGCCCUCCGAGAAGCUGCAGGACAACAUCUGCUCUCGUCACGAUGAGGUGAUGAAGAUGUUCUGCCGCACCGAUCAGCAGUGUAUCUGUUAUCUCUGCUCCGUAGACCAACAUAAAGGCCACGACACAGUGUCAGCUGCAGCAGAGAGAGACGAGAAACAGAGAGAGCUCGAGGGGAGUCGACUAAACAUCCAGCAGAGAAUCCAGGACAGACAGAAAGACGUGAAGCUGCUGCAGCAGGAGGUGGAGGACAUCAACGGCUCCGCUGAUAAAGCAGUGGAGGACAGCGAGAGGAUCUUCACCCAGCUGAUCCGUCUCCUGGAGAAAAGCCGCUCCGACGUGAAGCAGCAGCUCAGAUCGCAGCAGCAAACUGAAGUGAGUCGAGUCAGAGAGCUGGAGGAGGAGCUGCAGCAGGAGAUCAGCGAGCUGCAGAGGAGAGACGCUGAGCUGGAGCAGCUCUCACACACAGACCAUCACACCCAGUUUCUACGCAGCUACACCUCACUGUCAGCACUCAGCGAGUCCACACAGUCAUCCAGCAUCAACAUCCGUCCUCUGAGGUACUUUGAGGACGUGACAGCAGCUGUGUCAGAAGCCAGAGAUAAACUACAGGACGUUCUGAAGGAGACAUGGACAAAUGUCUCACUGGCAGUGACUCAAGUGGAUGUUUUACUGUCAGAUUCACAAUCAGAGCCCAAAACCAGAGCUGAGUUCCAGAGAUAUUCACGUGAACUCACGCUGGAUCCAAACACUGCACACGGACAUCUGUUAUUAUCUGAGGGGAACAGAAAAGCAACACUAAUGCAGCAACAACAGUCCUAUACGAGUCACCCAGACAGAUUCAAUGUAAAGUUUCAGGUCCUGAGCAGAGAAAGUCUGACUGGACGUUGUUACUGGGAGGUGGAGUGGAGUGGGUCAGGCAUUUAUGUAGCAGUCGCAUACAAGAACAUCAGCAGAGCAGGGGUGACUAAUGAAUGUAUGUUUGGACAAAACAACAAAUCCUGGUAUAUAGAUUGUAACAAAAGCAGUUACACAUUUUGGUACAACAAUGUCCAAACUCCCGUGUCAGGUCCUCUGUCCUCCAGAUUAGGAGUGUACCUGGAUCACAGUGCAGGUAUUCUGUCCUUCUACAGCGUCUCUGAAACCAUGAGUCUCCUCCACAGAGUCCAGACCACGUUCACUCAGCCGCUCCACGCCGGACUUCGGCUUUAUUAUGAAUAUGGAGACGCUGCUGAGUUCUGUAAACUUAAAUAGACAGAAGUCAUUCAGGGACAGUGGGCUAAAUCCUGUGUUUUUAUUCCUUUUUAACCUCACUGCUGGUUAUGUGGAGCUGAUUGUUGCGGCGUUUCUUCACUGUCAGUCCAACUUUAUGUGGCAGUACUUUGACAUCAUGUGAGUUUCUUUAUUUGGCGUUCCUUCCUGUGGCUGUUCAGCCGUUAUCGAUGCAUCUCUGUGUUUUUUUCUUCCACGGCAUGAGCCUGAAAAGAGAAAGAAACAAACCUUUAUCAUAAAUAGUUUGUUGUCACCACUUUGUACAUUUGAAAAAAAUAAAUUAAAAAAAUCAAAAUGACAGUAACUUUUAUUUGUUUACCACUAUUAUUAUCUUCAUAAUCAAUAAGGGGAUCAUUCAUUAUUGUCUUGUACAUCGCUGUGAUUCUGAUCAUUACAUG